UCUCCAUAUUGAUUCCCUUCCAACCAGAUCCACUACCAAUCAGCCACUAAAACUCGUAUCAGACCUCACUCACGCCUCCAUCUUUUUCCCUAACCUCCCGCCGCCUCUUAAAAUAUCUCUCUGACUCUCACGGUCUCACUCUCAUUCUCACGCACGGCCUCAAGAGCCCCACUGUCACUGUCUCUCUUUCGUUCUGACAGGCCCAGCCAACUACUUCCCUCACCUUACGGCUUCUCCACACUCCGACAGUCUGUACAACUUCUUCUGACUGCCUCACUCUCACGUCUGGUUGUAUUGCUCUUUCUCUACACUCCGACAGUACCAAAGGUUGUAUCACGAUUGUGCUUGUUAUCACCAUCACUGUGGAGUAAAAAGAAUUAUCAUGGCAUAUGAGAUAAAUGAGCAAAAGAAGGUUGGCUUGGGCCUUAUUGGAUUUGGCAUAUUUUUCUCCUUGCUUGGUGUAAUUCUAUUCUUUGAUAGAGGUUUACUUGCCUUGGGAAAUAUCUUUUGGUUGACUGGAGUAGCCCUUUUGCUUGGUUGGGGCGCUACAUGGAGGCUUUUUACCAACCCAGCAAAUUACAAGGGUUCUAUAUCCUUUCUUCUCGGGCUAUUUUUUAUUUUUGUUCGAUGGCCCAUAGUUGGUAUAAUCUUUGAAAUAUAUGGCUGUAUUGUUCUCUUUGGUGGUUUUUGGCCAUCUGUGAAGGUGUUCCUGUGUCAAAUUCCAAUAGUGGGAUGGAUCAUAAGCUAUCUAUUCUGAUUCUUGAUUGCCUAAAACGACACUUCAAUUGAUCAUCUGUCAGAUAUGCAUAAAAGGACAAGUAGGAGUACUGGUACAGUGACAAACAUAGACCAGACUGAUGAAAAGAGUGGAGAUUUGCCAUUGUCUUUAUCAGUUUUCAUCUUGCAAUGCUCACGAGGAAAAGGAUGGUUUAGGCGUUAACAAAAUGACCGGUUUCAUACUCUCGCCUAUGUUUUUAUCUUACUCAAAACGAAGUAUUUACUUUUACAAACUUCAAAUUAAAUGCUAAUCUUCGUUGUAGAACAUAGUGUGACAUGAGUUUCAAUUGUAUCAUUUAUGAAGCGUGUGUACAAUUCUGUAGCUACUGUAUGUACAAUACACGCUGAUGGUUUUAGAACUCAAGUAGUCAAGUAGGUUUGACUUGUAAAAGUUUAUAUAAUGAGCAAUUCACACGAAUUAAUACC